AUGAAAGUGCCAUCUAAGUCCUUGAAGGCAAUUUCUAUUCAACCAUUGUCUCAACGAGGUUCUUGGUCUUGGAUACUGCUGGAGAUUGUUUGUCUUGCUGUAAUAGACACAGCUCUUGGAUCAAACGUCACCUGCUACAUGAGGCGAUUGCCACAUGUUAUGAAGGUGCAUAAAUGGUUGUUUUUCCCGAUGUUUCCUCAAGAAGACAAACUGUUUGGAUAUCAGACGGGCAUCAUUCCAUGCACGAAGUGGACAUUAGCUCUGCUGUUAAUGAAACUGAUAAAAGAGAGAGUGAGGAAUCUGCCAAUAUGAAUCUCAAGUUCUAUAAA